AUGCGCAUCUCCAGCCUUCUCGCAGUGCUGCUCAGCACCCCCGUGCUCUCAACCCACCUCCUCGUCAACGUCCCCUCCUCCCCUCAGCUCCUCUUCCCAUCCACGCUCCCAGCCAGCACAAGCGCAACCCUCACCACACUCUCCCACAGCUACUGCGCCCCCCUCCGCGCAGACAACACCUUCUCCUUCCGCAAUGUCACCAGCGGCUCCUAUCUCCUAGAUGUGCACGCACACACGCAUUUCUUCCUCCCCCUACGCGUGGACAUCCACGAGCCGGCGCACCACACUCCCCCAACCAAGAAAACAGACCCAGCAACCACAACCCCCGAAGUCGAGGUCUGGGGCACGUUCCGCGGCAAUGAGUGGGCGAAUAAAGGAGAAGUGGUGGCCGUGAAGAAGAUCGUGGAGCAGGGGAAGGAGGUCUGGACGUUUGAUGCGAAGCCGGCUGCUGGGGAGAAGGAGUAUUUCAUCGUGAGGCAGGGCUUUUCUCCCCUUGGUCUGCUGAAGAAUCCUAUGAUUCUUAUUGCGGGCGCAAGUAUGCUGGUUGUUUUUGGCAUGCCGUAUCUUAUGGAUAACAUGGACCCCGAAAUGAAGGCCGAAUUCGAAGAGCGGCAGAAAUCCUCAACAAUCGGAGGUGGAGCGGCAGCAAACCCGCUGCAGAAUUUCGAUGCUGCUGCUUGGUUGGCCGGAUCGAGUGGUAGUGGGACUUCGACGCCGAAGAAGCAACUGGCUGAGAAGGGCAUAACGAGAUGA